CGUCCUAAAACCCUAAACCCCGAUCCGCCGUUCUGAAACCCUUUCUUUUAUCUUUCUUCACUCACUCCCCUCUCCCUCUGCUCUCGACCAAACAUCAUGCCGCGACCACCUCUAAGAGGCCGUGGAGGCGGUGGAUUUAGGAGCGGAAGGGACGGUGGCCGAGGCGGCGGUGGAUUUAGGGGCGGAAGAGACGGUGGCCGCGGACGCGGUGGGCGCUUCGGUGGCGGCGGCCGCUUUGGUGGGCGCGACGAUUAUAACCAACCCCCUGAGGAAGUAGUUGAGGUUUCGACAUUUCUUCAUGCUUGCGAGGGUGAAGCGGUGACUAAGCUCACGAAUGAGAAAAUACCCUACUUUAAUGCUAAUAUUUAUCUGCAGAACAAGACUCCCAUUGGCAGAGUGGAGGAAAUCUUUGGCCCCAUCAAUGAAUCCUACUUCUCGGUUAAAAUGAUGGAAGGCAUUAUAGCGACUUCCUAUGCGGCUGGCGACAAGUUCUACAUUGACCCGGCUAAGCUGUUGCCACUGGCACGAUUCCUUCCGCAGCCAAAGUAUGUUUCUUUGUUUUCUAAGGGUUUGAGUUGUAUAUUUCUUGCUUGCUUGCUUGCGUGGGGAUUGAUCUUAGCAGUUCAGAUGCACAUGCCUAUAUGGGGGGUCUCAUGUGAAUAGGCAAUUAGGGUGUUC